AUGGAAGACUAUGAAGUAUUUGUUCCAUUUCAGUCCUUACAAGCUCUUGAAUGCCACGUAGAUGCCAUUUGUCGUAACAAAUCAGCAGGUGACACGUGUUCUACAGCUGUCCAUGAUUUUGAGGGGGACCAAACAUACAGUGAAAAAAUGGGGCAUGAUUUCAAACUAACAACAAAUUUCAAAGACACAGAUGCUUCAAGUUAUGAUGAUCUUGUCAUCCAUGGAGGCCUAGCUCCAGAAUACUUGGCACUAGACCAAGAUGUUAUUAAGUUGGUCAAACAUUUAAUGGAUGCUGGAAAGCCCAUAACUUCCAUCUGCCACGGUCAACAGAUUCUAUCGGCUACUGGUGUUCUCAAUGGGAAGAAAUGUACUGCAUGUCCGGCUGUGAAACUGAAUGUGGUGUUGGGUGGUGGAACAUGGUUAGAACCAGACCCAAUUGAUCAUUGCUUUACGGAUGGAAAUCUUGUAACCGAAGCAGCCUGUCUAGCUUACCCUCAGUUCGUUUCUCAGUUCAUGUCAUUGCUUGGUAUCCGUGUAUGUUUCUAGUAACAUUACAUGGUUUUUUUUAUAACUUAUAUUAUAUACACACUAAAAUCCGU